AAAACACUGGUCUAGAAAACAGGCAGAAUGAAGAAACAUGAAAUAAGUGUCAAAUUCAUGUCUAGAAAGCAGGCAGAAUAAACAAAAAGAACAGAUGUCAACAGAAUAAGAGGACGAGAGCAGGAGCGGAAGUGGCCGACCUUUGGCGCAUGCGCAAAUGGAUCGAGCUGCUCAAAGACUGUGGUGGCGACCAAGAUGGCGGAUCGGAAGGCUGCGGCUUUGUGAGAAAGUUUAGCAUUUGCGAUCCAACAGCGAUAAAAAUGGUCAAAUAUUCGUAGCCCGCGAAACGAAAGUUGAGUUUGAAGCGAUGGAGUGUUAUCUAAAGUGAAGAUUGAAGACGUGAUAGAAGAUGGACGACUACUGCUAUGCUAAGAUGGCGACGUCCGCUAAAAGAGAACAUGAAAGAGAAUCAGCGCCACCAACUUCCAGCAAAUCACCAACGGAGAUAAAGACGAAAGACGAAGACGUCCAGCAACUGAUUGGUCAUACGGAAGAAAUUUUCCCUGAGCCGCAAGGUGAAGGCUCCACUUUGAAGCAAGAGCAUCCAAGGUCCCCCCACAUUAAAGAGGAAGAGGAGGAAUUUGGGAUAACUCAAGAAGCUGAUCUCACCAAGUUGUCAUUGACUGUUGUCUCUGUGAAGACUGAAGAUGAUGAAGAGAAACCACAAGUGAAAAAUCUCUUAGCUCCACUGUCAGAUAGUGAGGCUGAAGACGAGGUUGAAGUAACUUUGAGCAGCGAUACAGACUGUGAAGGUGAUAUGAGGACUCACACUGACAACAAACAGUCCGAUUGCUCCAAAAAAAAGAGCGGUACAAAAUGUUUCAGUUGCUCAGUUUGUGCUAAAAGCUUUACACUAAAGAACACUUUGACAGUACACAUGAGAACGCACACAGGAGAAAAGCCUUUCGAGUGUUCAGUUUGCGGUAAAACAUUUUCUCAAAAGAUCAAUUUGACAGCACACAUGAGAUCACACACAGGAGAAAAACCAUUUAAUUGUUCAGAGUGCGAUAGAAAUUUUGCUUACAAUACCCAUUUAACAAACCACAUGAGAACACACACUGGAGAAAAACCUUUCAGGUGUUCAGUUUGUGGUAAAAGAUUUUCUCGCAAGAGUGAAUUGGCAAUACACAUCCGAACACACACUGAAGAGAAACCAUUCAAUUGUUCAGUUUGCGCUAAAAGCUUCUCCCAAAAACCAAUUUUGACUGAACACAUGAGAAUACACACAGGGGAAAAACCAUACAAAUGUUCAGUUUGUGGUAAAAACUUCACUCAAAAACAAACUUUGACAACACACAUGAGAACACACACAGGAGAAAAACCAUACAUAUGUUCAGUGUGUGGUAAAAACUUCUCUCAAAAACAAACUUUGACUACACACGUGAGAGCACACACAGGAGAAAACCCAUUUAAUUGUUCAAUUUGUGGUAAAGCAUUUUAUCGUGAACUCAAUUUGACUAGACACAUGAGAACACACACAGGAGAAAAACCAUUUAAAUGUACAGUUUGUGGUAAAAAUAUAUCUCAAAAGGCUAAUUUGGCAGCACACAUGAGAACACACACAGGAGAGAGGCCAUUUAAAUGUUUAGUUUGUGGUCAACAUUUUUCCCAAAAUAUCCAUUUGACUGUGCACAUGAGAACGCACACAGGAGAAAAACCAUUCAUGUGUUUAGUUUGUGGUAAAAGAUGUUCUCGUAAGAGUGAUUUGACAACACACAUGAGAACACACACAGGAGAGAAACCAUUUUAUUGUUCGGUUUGUGGUCAAAAUUUUGCCCGAAAACUAUAUUUGACUGCACACAUGAGAACACACACAGGAGCAAAAACAUAUACAUGUUCAGUUUGUGGGAGAGGUUUUUCACGCAAGGAAAAUUUGACUGGACACAUGAGAACACACACUGGAGAAAAACCCUUUAAAUGUUCAGUUUGUGGGGGAAACUUUUCUCUCAAGACUCAUCUCACAGGACACAUGAGAACACACACUGGAGAAAAAAGCCUUUAAUUGUUCAGUCUGUGGGAAAAGCUUUUUUUCCAGGUGAUGUAUGAGGUGACACAAGGGAAACACACAAUAGAAAAAAAACAUGUUCCACACGUUUUUUGUUUGAUUGAAACUUUUAUUAGUAGAUUGCACAGUACAGUACAUAUUCCGUACAAUUGACCACUAAAUGGUAACACCCGAGUAAGUUUUUCAACUUGUUUAAGUCGGGGUCCACGUAAAUCAAUUCAUGGUUCGUGGCGUCAGAAAGAUGCCAGACAAUAAAAAACAUGUUCCACACGUGGCCUAAGAAAGAUGCCAGACAAUAAAAAACAUGUUCCACACGUGGCCUAAGAAAGAUGCCAGACAAUAAAAAACAUGUUCCACACGUGGCGUCAGAAAGAUGCCAGACAAUAAAAAACAUGUUCCACACGUGGCGUCAGAAAGAUGCCAGACAAUAAAAAACAUGUUCCAUAUGUGGCGUAAGAAAGAUGCCAGACAAUAACAUAUAUGUUAAGAUACAAAAACAUACACCCGUUUGUGUUCAAAGCUGCACUAAAAAGAGCAAAUUGUUUGAUCGCAGGAGAAAAACCCUUUAGUUUCAGAGUUCGUACAAUAGCUUUUUCUGAAAAAAAAAGGCACAACAUGUAUGGUGUUUCAGCAUGUGUCGAAUUAAAUUUGUUAGUGCUAAAAUCUUUACAUCAAACUAAACAUUCAAGCAAUUCUUUAUACAGUCGGCAUUUUAGUGUGUUAACUUAGUUGUCUUCUAAGUUAAUCUGUAACAGAAAAAAAAGAAUUAAAUGUUUUUUUUCCUCCUGUGAGUUCGACUGAUGCUAAGAACAGCAGCUACACAACUUGGAUUGGUUCAGAACAACAUGGAUGGGGUUUCCCUCACCUUCCUUUUGGAUUACGGAAGUGUACAUUAAUGAUCAUGAAGUUGUGUUCGUGUUGUGUCAAUCUUGUGUAAUAGUGUUGUAGUUACAAAGUAUCCCUUAUGUUCAACAACAUUUACUUCUGUUUUAUUACAGAAAUAAAAACUCAUGUGACACAAAUAUAAGCGCAGUAAACAUGUAGUGUGUCAGAAUAAUUGUCACAAAACUUUGUGUUUCCAUGAGGCGAGAGGACAAAAGCUGUCUUUGAUCUUACCAAGCAAAAGGCUUGUAAAACUCCACUGUGGGAAGCGACAUGAAGGUGUCGGUUUCUUUUAACUAUUGUAAUCCACAGGAAGAUCUAGUCUUGACCCGAGAUCUACAAAGCGGAGAGGAAGCAGGACCUGACGCGAGCUCCAGGCAUCUUUUCUUUGAACUGUUUUGUGACCGAGGGCAAUGGCUGUUUACGACCCCCUCUCCACUUAGAAACAACUGUUGCCAUGUAAUCAGUCCAAAUAAAAGAGGAGGCGCGCAAUCCUUUUGUCAGAGCGUGGUGGAAGACUGCAAUAGUACAGCCCAGACGUUUAUCCUCAUUGAGCUAAAUUGAAUCCUGUCUCUGUUUAAUUCCUUGCUUCUUGUCUGUUUAAUAGAUGUUAUCGGUGUUUGAACCUGACAUAGUGUCCUCUUUUUGUAUUAUUUGUCUCAGGCCCCGAUAAUGUUUGAUAUACAAAUAAAGUUAUCAUGAUCCGUGGUCCAGCUCAUGUUUUGUUAAGUUAUGUUCUGUUAGUUUUGGACUCCAUAGUUCCUGUU